UGGGUAAGACGUAGCAAGAAAGAGGAGGAGGAAGCAGUAUAUCUCUCCUAUAGCAGUGUCAGCAUCACUGCCUUUGUCAACUGAAAACAACAAGAUCGCUGCACACAAAUCUUUAAAAGAAAAGCAUCAUCAGCAGGAGCUCCACCAGACAUGGAACCAGAUUAGACCUAUACAUUUCUGCCUUUCCUAUACACAGGCAUCCAAAAACUCCAAAAGCUCACCCAGACAUGACUCGAGAGGAGAGGUAGGAAGCCAUCAUUCAUUCUUAAUCAACAUGGGCAACCAGGAGGCAAAGCAAAAGAAAGCUACAGCAACCUCGGGUAAUGGAAGCUAUGCAUCCCUGGAUGAAGGGUGGAGAGAUGGAGGAGGGGACAUAACAAAAAAGGGAGGAAAGAAGCUCUACGGUAAGCAUGGAGGUAAAGGAGCAGUCAGUUGUGGAGGAGCAGAAGGAGGGGGGUUGCAUGGCACAGUACCAGGCAAAAAGAAAAACAAAUCUGAGUCCAAGUCCUCUGUUUUCUCCAUUCGAAAAAGAAGGAGCAAUCUGAAAGUCAAAGGAAACGGGUGCUCAUCACUAACAGGCUCAAAAGAGGAUGUUUUAGCACCUCAAGAUCAUGAAGUGGAAUCCACGAAAACCCCUGAUCUGCCUGCAGAUGAGCUAUCAGGCGCUAAGGCUGCUUUUCCUACGAAGAGAGAGAAAUCAGAGCAAAGGACAAAGGACAGAGAUGGACGAGGAGAACCGCAGAAGCAGGAUAUGCUGCAAAAAGCCUCUCCCACAGAGAAUGGGGGGCAGAAUGGAGGGAGCUCAGGAUCGGACACAGAUAUCUACAGCUUCCACUCAGCAGCUGACCAUGAGGAUUUGCUUGCAGACAUCCAGUUGGCUAUAAAGCUGCAGCACCAGCAGGAUGGGGGGUUGAACUUAAUUGUGGAAGCACAAGGAGGGGGGGGAAAUGAUAUGAACUGGGGAGAAAGAGAGGGAAGGAUGAAGCAGGGCAAUGGGGUGAUAAAAUUAACUCCUCCAGGGGAGCCUGACUUGACCCCAGAAUUAGAGUUAGGGUCUGAUGCCUUGUCAUUCCUAGAAACAGAAACUCUAUCUGAAUCUGUCAAGCACACUGACCUUCCCCCAAUGCUACACCCCCUCUUACACACAGAAGUACACAGGAGGAGGGAGGAAAAUGAGGAGGUGGAGCAUUCAGAGCCAAACUGGGAGGGGCAGAGGAAGAGGGUAGAGUCUCUUUGUGUUUCCACAGGCACUAAAGACCAAUAUGCUUCACUGCAGCUGCCCCCUCAAACAGAUUGCAUGGCUACUGCUGGGGGGACAGCUGUCAGGCCAGUCACCAUGACAACCAGCAGCAACAGCUUCCCUAAUCUCACAUGUGACAGUGCUGGUGAAACCCAAGAGGAGCAGGAGGAUGCAGGAGAUAAAACCAAGCUGGUGAAUGUUGUUGACAGCCCUUCACUUGUAGACAGCAACGACAAAAGUCCUGAGCCCAAAGAGGGUCUGAGCUCAGGAACUGUUUUUGAAGAAGGUGAGGGUCAGUUAGGGUCAGGUACCAGUGCGGAGUCCCUUGAUGACAGUUUAAGCACUGGCUCUGAACCCAAGCUGGCGGCUGGUACCAGCACCAGUUCAUCUCCAUUCAACCACUGCAGGAGGAGCAGUGUGUGCUUCAUUCCGCCACUUCCCCGGGAAAGUCCCACAUUGGCCAAAAAACUUCUCAGGUCCACCCACUCUUCUACCUCCUCUAGCCCUGUGGUGAAACCCUACCCUCCUGUCUUCCCAUCCUACAUCAAGACCACUACCAGACAGCUCAGCUCCCCAGGGCACUCUCCCAUCCUGUCCCCUUCCUUCAGCCCUUUAUCCCCACGCAGAGCACAUCAUCACUUUCACAGGGCAAUGGCAGAGGGCCACCGUAUUCUCAGACAGCGCUCUCACAGCCUUGCUGGCACUCUGAGUCGCUCAGCUGACUGGACGGAGGAGAUUGAGAGGAGGCUUAAGAGCAGAGAGGAGGACGGAGGAGGCUCUGAGGGUUCAGGAGAAUCCCUGCUGUGCUACAGAGGAGGAGGCAGCCAACCCAUCUGUGCAACUAGAAGACCCUCCUGUGGACAGGUAUCUAACUGUGGCUUCCAGGAUGUAUUCACAGGACGGACUCUUCUGGAGAAACUGUUUCUGCAACAGCAACAUCAUGAUGAGCCAGAGGAGGCUGAGAGGCUUUGUUCCAAGAUCUUGGCUAUGGGUCUCCUGCUGCCAUUCACAGACUGCUUCAGAGAACAGCUGGGGGGCAGCAAUGCCCAUAUCCCCUCUACUGCAUCGACCAAGUUUGAUCAUGACCAGCUGUAUACAUGGGCAACUGUCAACCAACCACCACACUCCCUGGAUCCUCUUGAGGGGAAACUACUUAGUCAGAUCAAGGACCUCUGGCCUGCACCCAGGCCUGGUGGAGACAACAGGACUGGUCUCAAAUCCACAGAGGCAGAUCAUCAUGGAGGAAUCUUGGCUUCAAGGCAACAACAGACAGAAAACCAAGAGGUUCUCUCUUUCCUACAGGAGAAAUGUGUCCUUCCUCCAGCAAAACUGAAGGAAAAACAUGUUAAUGUUAUCCAACAGCUGGAACAAACCAUAGAAGACCUCAGAACUAAAAUUGCUGAGCUGGAGCGACAGCCAUCUCUGCUGGACAGUGUGAAACCCACCACCUCCACAACAGACAGAGAGUGUGGAGGAGAGGAGGGCCUACUGAGAGUCGUGUGUGACGCUCACCUGCAGACAGAUGCAGCUCCCUCUAUGGGUUGCUUGGAGGCCAAGUCAGUGCAGACCUCCCCUAUGGAUGACAGUUGUCAAGUCAAAGUGCCUUGUAGUGUGCCAGGUGGAGUCAACAACCUCUUGCAGCUUCCAGUCCAGCAUGGUGGCUUCCAGUGUUCAUGUCAGUUGCAGCCACCUGCAUCGCUUAUCGUUCCAGGAGAUGCUGUGUUUCCAGGACAAAGUGUGGAACCUCCGCCUCCCCCGCCUCCCCCGCCUCCCCCACCACCCCUUCCACCUCCCCCACCCUUACCAAGUGGCUUAGUGCCAGCUCUUCCUCCCGCACCACCUCCUCCUCCACCCUUACCAGGUGUCUCAAUGCAAGCUCCUCCUCCACCACCUCCUCCUCCCCCACCGCCUCCUCCACCCUUACCAGGUGGCUUAGUGCCGGCUCCACCUCCCCCACCACCUCCUCCUCUGCCCUUUCCAGGUGGUUCCGUUCCAGCUCCUCCUCCACCACCUCCUCUGCUAUCUUCUUUGGUAGGCCCUACACCACCAUCUCCAGGUUGUGGGCCUCCUCCUCCUCCCCCUCCACCACCAGGAAACAUAUGUGGGUUUCCAGCUCUCCUGGGCUCUCUGCCUCCUCCACUGCCACUGGGGCUGUACUCUCUGGGUGCUGCUCAGGAGAAACCACCAAGGAAGACUGUGGUAGAGCCACCAAGACCCAUGAAACCUCUCUACUGGACCAGAAUACAGCUCCACAAUAAAAAGGAGGUGUCUUCUUCGCUAGUGUGGGAGACAAUUGAAGAGCCAGAAGUAGACUUUGAGGAGUUUGUGGAGUUGUUCUCCAAAACAGCUGUGAAGGAGAAGAAGCAGCCACUCUCUGACACCAUAACCAAGUCUAAGUCCAAACAGGUUGUGAAGCUCCUAAACAAUAAACGUUCUCAGGCAGUAGGAAUUCUUAUGUCCUCAAUGCAUCUUGACAUGAAAGAUAUCCAGCAUGCCAUUCUGAAAUUGGACAACGGUGUAGUUGACCUGGAGACUCUGCAGGCCCUGUAUGAAAAUAGGGCACAACAGGAGGAGAUGGACAAGAUAGAAAAGCACAUCAAGUCCGGUAAAGACAAGGAGAACGCUAAGCCUCUUGACAAACCUGAACAAUUUCUCUACCAGCUGUCCCUGAUCCCAAACUUCUCCAGCAGAGUGUUCUGCAUCCUUUUCCAGUCCACCUUCUCUGAGUGCAUGUCGUCACUCAUAAGGAAAUUAGACACACUUCAAAGGGUAUGCAAGAUAAUACAAGACAGUCAGACGCUGAAAAAGGUUCUAGGUUUGGUUCUGGCAUUUGGUAACUUCAUGAAUGGUGGGAAUCGAACCAGGGGCCAAGCUGAUGGCUUCACCCUCGACAUACUGCCCAAACUCAAAGAUGUCAAAAGCAGCGAUAGUAUGAAAAGUCUUCUGUCUUACAUCGUUGCAUACUACCUAAGACACUUUGACGAGGAUGCUGGCAGGGAGACAUCUGUGUAUCCUCUCCCUGAGCCUCAGGACUUGUUCCAGGCCUCACAGAUGAAGUUUGAAGAUUUUCAGAAAGACCGAAACCGACUCAAAAAGGACCUGAGUGCAUGUACAUCAGAAGUGGAAAAGGUGUGCAAAGUGUCCGAUGAGGAUAACCUACAGCCAUUCAAAGACAAGAUGGAGGACUUUCUCGCACAAGCUAAAAAUGAACUGGAAAUCCUGGAUGCUCAGCUCAGCAGCACUCACAAGCUGUUCCUGGAGCUCACAGUGUUGUUCUCAGUGAAGGCCAGGAUGGGGGAGAAGGAGGUUUCACCCAACACAUUCUUCUCUGUCUGGCACGAGUUUUCCUCUGACUUCAAGGAACAUUGGAAGAAAGAGAACAAAGCCAUCCUUAAGGAGAGGUUGAAAGCAGCGGAAGAGUCUUUUCGACAGGCAAAAGAGAAGGCUUCCUACAGUGUCAAACCCAAACAUGCUUCUGGCAUUAAAGCCAAGCUUGGCAUGAAGAUUUGACUUAGUGGACUUUGCAUGCCAAUUUUCCUGACUUUGGACACCAGCAGUGAGUUAGAGAAAAAAAUUAUGAGGAGGGGAGGGGGCAGACCUGUGAAUGGCAAGUUUGUGCAGCUGAGCCUUCUUUAGUUAUCUGGUUUUGUUUAUUUUGAGGCAUUUUAAGUUUAAGUUUCAUCACUGUUACACCUGUUACCUCACAUGUGUCCACACAGUCAUGGAAGGAUACUGCUGCGAGGACACCAGACAACGCGCACGGUUUCCAUCAGAUUGAAUAUACAGUAAAUAUACUUGCGCAUCUUAUAGCUCUUUUUUUCACAUAAUGUAUUACAGCUCAUGAUUACAGCCAAGCAACAUCUUUUACUUAACCUUCCACUGUGCUGUUUGAGGUGAAAUAUUUGUAUUACCUUUAACUGUACUUCAGUCAGUAGCCCACAAGUUCAGUGACAUUUGACAGCAAUGAGGACUGUUUGGCACAAAUCAUUUUGACAUACGCUCCUUUGUUACGUACUCAAAAUUUGAAUUGCUACAAUUGACAUUAACUCACAACUGACAAGAAAGUAAGUCUAUUGCAGGACUGGUGUGGCAGACAUUAAAAAAAUAAUUUUGGUCAACAGAACUUACAGAAUACCUCUCUGUAUUUGUCUGUUUUCAUAUUUCCAUCAGUUCUGUUCUUCCCAUCCAUUUAACACUGUAAAAAUAUUUCUUGCUACACAAAAUGAAAAAAUACACGAGCAUUGAACUGUGUGAAAGAUGGCAGACCUGACAGCUUUGAGCCUUGGUGGCACAUGUGGUUACUGGUGUCAGUGAUGUUUCAAUGACAUUUGAUUUUUGGGUCAACUGGAUUUAAAGGUGGUUGUCUGCCAACCACUGUUACUCACAGUAGCAGACGAUCACUUUGCAUGGCAGCUUCAUCCAUUGGUGUGUGGUUAAAUAAAUGACGAACACAGUGAAAGCGAAUGCAUUUGAAUGUAACAGUCCUGCAGUAAAUUUUUAAUGAUUAAUGUUUUAAUGUUUGGUUUAUGUUGAAACGGUGUAAGCUGGCAAUCCGCUUUAAGAUGAUUUUAGAGGAUGUAGGUUGUCGUGCUGUAAAAAUGUGUGUUUCUAUUAUUUAGCCUAGCGCAUUAAUUAAAAUGAAGUUGCCAAAAUAAUAGAAACAUCAGUACAACAGAAGAAAAUAUUAGUACAUUUUGCAGCCUCCGAAAUGACUACACAGUUCAACCUGCAGGUCCCUAUCACUUUAAACAAAUGCUGAGUGCCAUGGCAUUCAUGAAACUCAGCGUUAGAGCAGGACUCUGUCUGGAUCGUAGGUGUAGUUCUCAUUAAUCAUAACAGACUGUUUUAUUUGAAUGCAUUAAUUUUCAAUUGUGUACAUACUGAAGUAGCCGAUAAGUGUCACUGGAAAUCAUUUAACCUUCAUUUAUUUUAGGGAAUCCAUGUGCCAGAGUUAUGUAUAGUUUGUAUCAGCCACUUGGGGCAGCAAAUACACCCGUAGGAGUCAUAUGAAUACAACAGAAGAAGCACUUGUGUGUAUGUGUACAGUUUAGCAAAAUAAACAAAUAUUUUUAAUGAUGAUCAAAUACAUCCAAAUUACAUUAGACUACAUACUUUUGUCUUCUGCAUUACAUCCAGGAUAAUUUACAGUCCAAUUGCAACAGUUUUGAUGGCCAGUGGGACACAAAACGCUUGUUAAAUAUGUUUUUUCUCCAGUUGUAUUUCUACUACGCAUGUGCAAGGUUUCACAACAUCAGAGUAAUUUUGAAUCAGUACAGUGAUAUGAUCAACAUCUUGGCUCAUCCUACCAGAGCACUUGAGCAAAUGCCAUACCAAGUUGUUUACAUUUAAGCUUCAGCAAUCAUACUAUGGGGAUAUUUGCAGUUUUACAGCAACAGACUUUGUGUUCAUCUUACACUUAAUGAAAGUCUGUAUCUGGUUCUGUCAUGACGCAGUUGAAACUUGAACUCUGCACAUGCAUUAUUAAAAGAACAUGAUCAGUUUGAUGUUUCCUUGUUCACAAGUUAUUAUGGGUGUAACGGUACACACAAGUCACGGUUUGGUACAUACCUCGGUAUGGGGGUCAUGGUUCGGUACGCGUUCAGUACAACGGGAAAAUAGCAACAAAAAGUCAGACAUGUAUAAGACUAGCUUUUUUCAUUUAUUUUGAACAGAAACUGUAAAACUAAAACCAUCUCCUGUUGUAAAAAGUUAAAAAUAAAUACAACAUAAAACAAAUGCAUUAGGGUUUUCAUACCAUUCAUUUAUUCUGUUCAUAUAGGAAAAGAAAAAACACACUUUCACCCCGUCGGGCAUUAACCCUUAAACCAUGGUGUGGGUGAAUCCCUGGUUCUGACUGGCUGCAGGGUGUACAUUAAAAAGUGAUAAUGGACACCCAUAAGUUCAAAUUACCUGAUGACAACACAGAACAUACAUUAUUUCAGUUUAUUACAAUGGCAGUACAGUUGACAAAGAAAUUGUUAUUUUAUAGUCAACUUUAACAACCUAUUUGGUGAAUUUGAUCAUUUUGAAGAAUGGGAUGCAGCACAAGAUAAAGAGAGAAGAGAAUAUGAAAAAAAGAAAGAGAUGCGACACAAGGUUACACCGGAGGAACUGGACAAUUUAGAGGAUGAUCCUCUACACAUUAAAUGAUUAGAGUGAAAGGUGGAUAAUAUUUCUUGCAAUAAAAUCGAUUUCAGAAACUAUCUGUGGACUCUGAGGAAAAUUCCGCAUGAUCCUCUGGACACACACGCGGUAAUGAGUGCACUGGCCUUCUGAAAUGAUACUUUGUAUCACGUAAUGUAACUUUAAGAAAUCAUCUCUCUUCCCCUCCGCUGAUUAGUAACUGCUGCUGCAACGUCUGCGGACGUGAGAUGUUAAAUAGUCUGCUCACCGCUUCUUGUGAAAAACGUAUGAAUUAAACGUUAAAAAAAAAAAAAAAAAA